AUGCUGGAAGACCGGGGACUGUCGGCUGCAACCAUCGGCAUUGACCUGCGCUACGUCUACGCCGACACCCUCUUCCGACUGCAGCAGAACAAUCCCGAGUGCCAGUUCGUCGACAUUACGGGCAUGCUGUACGGCCUGAGGGCCAUCAAGCAUCCGCAGGAAAUCGAGUUGCAUCGCAGCGCGGCCCGGCUGUUCGAGGAGGGCCUCCGCCGGGCAAUAACUGACGCUACUGAGGGGCAGAGCGCCCAAGCGAUCAAGUACAACUAUCAAGCCGGGGCGCUGGAGGCGGCCAUGGCCGAUCCGAGCCUUGGCGAACUCCAGUCAGCCUACGGGUUCAUCAGCGCCGGUACGGGAAGCAGCUUUGGCGACAGAAGCGGGUUGCAUUCGGGUGACCUGAUCAAGUUCGACUGCGGAGUGGCUGUCGGCGGGUUCUACAGCGACUGCGGGCGGACGUUUGCCUUUGGCCGGGCGGCGGCGGAUCAGCGCCGAGUGCAUGACGCGCUGGCCGAAGCCCACGCCUCCGCCCGCGAGGUGAUGCGUCCCGGAACACCUAUAUCGGCGAUUUACCGGGCGGCAGACGAUGUGAUGCGGGCACACGGCUUCCCGGGCUACAGCCGGGGACACUACGGUCACUCGAUCGGGCUGGACUCCUUCGUGGAGGAGCCGCCGUUCAUCAGCGCCAACGAGCACAGCGAAUUGCAGGCAGGUAUGCUGCUCUGUCUCGAAACGCCCUACUACUCCGCCAGCACAGGUUCAUACCAGAUCGAGGACAUGAUUCUCAUAACCGAGAAUGGGCACGAGAACUUCAACACACUGUCUUACGAACUUGUGGAACUCUAG